AAAAUCUUGGCUAGAAAUAGUGAAUCAUUUCCAGGUCACUUUCAACAUGGAGAGUGGAGCAGGGAAGCACUGGACUGAGGAGGAGGUUAAAGCCUUGUUAAGCGUCUGGUCAGAAAAAAAUAUCAGAAAGCAACUGCACGGCACCCUGAGGAAUAAAGGAAUAUUUAUCUACAUUGCUAAAAGGUUACAGGAGUUGGGAGUGUGCAGGGACUGGAAACAGUGCCGUGCAAAGUACAAAAACCUGAAGUACGAAUACAGAACGGUUAAAUAUGCCCACAACUCUGGGGAUGUCACUAAAACCAUGAAGUUUUUCCAUGAUCUGGAUGCCAUAUUGCGAUAUGAGCCUGUCACACAAUUAGCAGCAGAAGAGAACGGCAGGUGUUCUGCGACUGAGACGCAGCUGAACACAAGCCCCACAACAGACAGCGCACAAGGUGAACUAUCUGUUUCUUUAGAAGAUGAUGAGGAUGCUCCAGGAGAUCCACUACUCUUUAUGUCUCAUGUCAGACCAGUUCAACUAGGUAAUCCAGCGUCAGCAAUAGAGGCUUCCAAACCACUGGCUUUUAUUCCAACAGUAGCAAAUGAAGGAGGAAAACACUGGACUGUUAAUGAAGUCAGAGCUUUGAUACGCAUAUGGUCAGACAAAAAUAUCCAGCAACAACUGGAGGGGACAGUGAGAAAUAAAAGAAUAUUUGAACAGGUUGCUGCUAGACUUCAAAAGUUUGGAAUUGACAGGGACUGGAAGCAGUGCAGGACAAAAUAUAAAAAUCUGAAACAUGAAUACAAGAGUGUAAAAAGUGCCCAAGACUCAGGGAGUACAAGUAAAAGUAUGAAAUUUUUUAAUGAACUGGAUGCUAUUCUGGGGCACUGCACCAUGGAACAAGCAAGUAAAUCAGAUAAUGAUGAAAGUGAGAGGCCUCCAGAAUGGACAGAAGCAAAAUCAGGAAAGGACUCCAUAGAAAUGCCUGGAGACACAGGUGAAGAGGAUUCUGUUAGUAAUAUGUCUGAAGACCUACAGGUUGCAGAUAUAAAGAAAGUUUCUGAUUCAGAUGAUGUUACUGUAAACACUACUCCAGAGAAUCGGGCCGCUCCUCAUAUAAUAAAAGAAACAGCUAUGACAAAAAUCCUUGCGGAUGAAGGGGACUUUGUCAACUCCACUCCAGCAGCUCUGGAAGCCACACAAAUAAAGAAGGAGACAAUUGACAUAGAUGAUGAUUCUAUAAGCACUACCUCAGAAGACAGAUCUUGUACACCAGUAGCAAAACAGAUGGUUGAAACAGACAAUCACAUUCACUUAGAAGAAGCACAGAAUCACUUUAAAGUUAUUACAGUUAAUGACACUGGAGCAGGAAAACACUGGAGUGAUAAUGAAGUUAGAGCUCUGAUAAACAUAUGGUCAGAUGAAAAGAUACAACAAAUGCUUGAAGGGGCCACAAGAAAUAAAGAAAUCUUUGAGGAAAUUGCCAGAAGGUUAAUGAAACGUGGCAUAGACAGAGACUGGAAACAAUGUCGCACAAAGUACAAGAACCUAAAAUAUGAAUACCGUGCACUCCAGAAAGAAAAUGAGCAUCUUGGAAAUCCCAGGAGAAAAAUGAGAUUUUACAAUGAAGUUGACUGUAUCUUAAGAAGACAACCUCUGGGUCCUUCAAGCUGGGGAUGUGAAAGUUCAAGUCUCCUAUCAGUGGGAGAUGUUACAGCAAAUACAGGAUCCUUGAGUAUCAAGAGAAAAGCAUGUAAUGAUGAGGUGUCACCUGUUCCACUCAAGAAAAGUGCCUCUGAAAACACCAUACUCCACUUCCAAAAGCUGUUAACAGAGAGAGCACACACAGUAACAGAAGGCAAAAAGUUGCUUUUAGAAAGGCUUUGUAAGCAGGAAGAAAUGCAAGACCUCAACAGAACACAGUUCUAUGCUGAUCCAUCAGCCAUAAAACAGGUUGGUUUAAUGAACUUUCUAUGAAAUUAGCAUGCAAAUAGAUUCUCUCGGGUAGUAAGAAAUGAAAUAAGUCUAAUUUACCCACAUGAGUACAUGCUUGCUUCCCUCCUUUAAUAUAGUCACCUUCAGUCACUUAUACUAAAAAGAAGAUAUGAGUUCCCAUCAUAAUCCUUAAUUAUGAGCUUUUAGCAGUAAUGUCAGUCUAAUUAAAGACACUACGUCUGCCUACAUGUCUCGGCUCACCUACAUGCCACAAUUAACAGGCUUAAUUGAAAGAAAAAAAUACUUUUAUUGAUCAAAGAAAACAUGUAGAGUUAAAAUUUCAUCCCAUAACUUACAGUUAUCAUCUCUAUGGUCCUCCUAACAACUGAGUCCUCUGCAAUUAACCAAACAGUUGAAGCCAUAAGAGAACUUCUUUUUGGUUAGGCAGGGCUGGUGGGCAAAAUACAAUUUUUAACUCCUUUGCUAGCAUUUACCCUCCUCCUAGCCUCUCCCCCUGCCUAUGCUGGUGUGAGGGAACAACCCCAUCUGCCCACAGAGGGCUUGCUGCUGUGCAGCAAUGAACUGGAGAAUUCAAUGAGCCAGAAAGAAAGUACACAGAGUUGAUGCCUAUGUAGAAGGGGCAAGCUUGGGUUCUGGGCCCUGUUCUGUACUGGGCAAGGGGUCUGCCUUGCCCAGUAACCACUGAAGUACAGAAAACAUAAAAACAGUGCAGGCAGCAAUGACAUGGUAAGAGACAAAUGCCAUCUCAUAACUGCUUCAGCAAAAUCUUACUACAUGCUGCUUCAUUUGGUGAUUGUGUAAGUACUCUACAGUCUGUAUUGCCUGGGAGGCAUGCAUUUGCAGGGUUUUCCUUUCAGUGUAUUUAAGCAAAACAACUCCCUUCUGGAUCUCAGUCAUGUUUGGGCAUAGACCUACACAGCCCUGCCAAAGCCAGGUUAGUUCUGGGCACACACAAGGGCACAACAGAAGUCAAACAGUCAAGUCCUUUUGCAGCAGCAACAGCCACCAGGUUUCUUUAUAUUCAGAGGCCUAAAUUAUACUCAAGUCCCUCUUCACAAAACCUUACACAAAAAUAUUACUGGAUAUAAUGCUUUAUUUCCUGCUCUAUGGUUAAUUAAUUUCUUGUCAAUUCUUUAAUUAGAGACAUUAUUAAGGCAAACACUUUCCACCAAGGUGGAUUUUAUCUGUCAUUUAUCUGUCAUUUUUAACACAAUUCUGAGAAAUCAAGAGAAAGAUCCCUAAAAAUCAGUUUUUUGAUCAUAUUCAUUUAUACAGUGACACAGGUAUACAGUUGUUCCAGUGUAUGCUCAUCUACCACUCUUCACAUUUUACAUUGAUUUCUCAGUAUAAACCUCCUUUGGCUUGUAAUACCAGUAUCAUCAUAAAAAUCUUUCUUCUCUCUCUAUGAGUUGGUUCAAAGCUACAUCCUUGAACUUGCAUAGUAUUACCUGCAUACAGAACUGCUGUCUUUGGUAGGAGGACAAGGUCUGUCCCUGUCAUCACAACAGUCGGGUAUAGAACAUGCU